AUGAAUGGAGAAGAAAGCUUCGUUGAAGAUUGCUUUGAGUUUGUUGAAAUCGAUCCUUCUGGAAGAUAUGGAAGAUACGAUGAAAUACUUGGCAAAGGCGCUUCGAAGACAGUGUACAGAGCGUUUGAUGAGUACGAAGGUAUAGAAGUGGCAUGGAACCAACUGAAGCUUCGGAAUUUCACAAGGAAUCCAGAGGAAUUGGAGAAAUUCUUCAGAGAGAUUCAUCUUCUUAAGACCUUGAAUCAUCAAAACAUCAUGAAAUUCUACACUUCUUGGGUUGAUACCAACAACUUGUCCAUCAAUUUCGUCACUGAGCUCUUCACCUCUGGCACUCUCAGACAGUACAGGUUGAGACAUAGAAGAGUGAAUAUCAAAGCAGUGAAGCAAUGGUGUAAGCAGAUUCUAAAAGGGCUACUCUAUCUUCACAGCCGUUCUCCUCCAAUUAUCCAUAGAGAUCUAAAAUGUGACAACAUCUUUAUCAAUGGAAACCAAGGUGAAGUCAAGAUCGGUGACCUCGGUCUCGCUGCCAUUCUUCGUAAAUCACAUGCCGUUCGCUGUGUUGGGACCCCUGAGUUCAUGGCUCCUGAAGUGUACGAUGAAGAAUACAAUGAGUUGGUUGAUGUAUAUGCCUUUGGAAUGUGUGUAUUGGAGAUGGUAACUUUCGAUUAUCCUUACAGCGAAUGUACACACCCUGCACAAAUCUACAAGAAAGUUACCACGGGGAAAAAGCCUGAAGCUUUUUACUUAUUGAAAGACCCUGAGGUUCGUGAGUUUGUUGAGAAGUGUUUAGCUAACGUGACGUGUAGGCUCACGGCUUUGGAGCUUUUGCAAGACCCUUUCUUGCAAGAAGAUGUGGAUGGAUUUGAUAUGAGACCUAUUGAUUACUACAAUGGUUAUGAUGAGACUGGCGUCUUCCUUAGACAACCUCUCAUCGAUCCUACUCCACUUUACCAUGAUGAACAGUUUGAGUCACAGAUAUGUGAGAUUGAUCUCUUCGCUCAAGACGAUGACGAGGAAGAUUUCGACCAUGUUGACAUUUCCAUUAAAGGGAAGAGAAAUGGUCAUGAUGGGAUCUUCUUAAGGCUCAGAAUCUCUGAUGCAGAAGGACGGAUAAGGAACAUUUACUUCCCGUUUGAGACAGCGAUUGACACGGCGUGGAGUGUAGCAGCUGAGAUGGUGUCUGAGCUCGACAUAACGAAUCAAGACGUUGCGAAGAUCGCGGAGAUGAUCGAUGCAGAGAUCGCUGCGUUAGUCCCUGAUUGGAGAGUUGAUCACAAUGUUACAGAGAACAAUGGAGGAGGAUUCUGCGGGAAUUGUGCUUCGAACGAGUAUAUACAAGAGACUGUAUCAUCAAACAGCGAACUUUCCGGUGAAAAAUCUCAUCAUCACCACCAUCAUAAUCAUCAUCAUCAUCAUCAGUUCGAUUGUUCUUCGAUUCACGGAAGGUUCGAGGAGAUAAGUUACCAAAUGGAAGGACAAGAGCAACACGGAGGAGGAGGAGGUGAUGUUGUUGUUGUCGGAGGUAACAAUGGGAUUCAUUACGCGGAUAUUUGGGGGUUGAGAGAUUCGCGUUCUGAUGACGGAGAAGAAGAACAGAGCUCGGCGAGUUUGAGUUUGAGUCCGGGGAAGGUUAAAGGAGGCGGUGGUGAUUGGUGGUCGGAGAAUGAGAUCAGGAGAGAAUUGAGAUGGCUUAAGGCGAGGCAUAACAUUCAGCUUACGAGAGUUAUAGAUCAGAAGACGAUCAGUGAGACGCCGGCGGCGAUCUCAGCUUCGCCGCCUCUUCUUUGUAGAGCGAUUUCGCUUCCGGUCGACGCCGUCGAUAUAUGA